CUUGGAAAAUUAGCAAACAAGCCUUAAAGUUGCGGGCGCGUUUGAAUACACACAAUAAGUAGUUGCGCGAAACGUGCCGUAAAGUGCUUCUGAUGUCAGUUGUUUAUUUCAGCUGAACUUUGUUUGCCCAAGGCGUAUUGUAGAAAGUGAGCACCAGAAUAACCGCAUCGACCUGACCCGAUAACCUCAGUUUUAACGUUUCCAGCGCUGUGAUUUGGUGUGGCUUGCGGAAAGUUUCAUAGAAUGGUUAAAGUUAAGCAGCAAUGGGCGCGAGAACAUGUCUACUUCUCUGAUGUCGAAAUAAGCAGCAAAAUAUGGCUACCAAUGUCGACAUGGCGUUACGUCGGUCCAAGUGAUUUUUAUUGGAGUCUGUUUUGCCUCCACAAACCCCUCUUUUCUGUUGUACGCCACGAUCGGAAAUCUAUUUCGAACUAAGAAUGAUUUAUUCAUGCGCUUGUAUGAAGUGAGCAUGGCACGCAACUACUUUGAUUUCGGCUCGGUGUCGUAUGAUGUAGGCAGUGGUGACGCCUUCCACGACCAUACUGCAUGGCACACGCAUCAGACGCGAGCCACAUUGCAGCACUGUGUUCACAUCUGUGGUAGUAGUUCCCAAAAUUGUCGCAUCCAUACUACUAGAGACUCGUAGCACGCUAUAUAACGUUAGAGCAAAUGCAUUUCUGAAGCUGAAUGUACUACUCGGUAAGCGCCGAUCUGAGUUGAUCAGAAUUCUUAAUAUAGCAUACAGUUGAUGCGUCGUAAAUCAUCUCGGCCAGUAUUCCCAGGACACUUCAGGUGAUUCAAGUGUGGCAAACUAACGUCCCACACCUGAAUUUUGCUUCAGUGUCCAGUCACAUGUAAUUCCAAAUGCUUUCCCAAGACUGCGUGAUCUGGGAUGAAGUCUCAUGAAGUCUUCCAUUGGAGCUGACAUUCACAGUCAGCGGAAUCAUCCUUUACCGAUCCUCCACCAGACAAAGACCUGCCCAUUGCCCAUCAACAGAGUCCCCCUGCACUGUACCGUCUUACUCCCUGGCCAUGGCUAGUCGAAGAAAGUCUACAACACCCUGCAUGAUCCGACCGGAUGACUUGGUAACUGCAGACGAUCCAGAAGAUGUGGAUUCCUGUGUGGACGGUCCAGAAGAGAAUGGAUCCUCACAUGUGUCUUCUAGUGAGGACUGGAUGGAUAGGAAGAGUUCUGUGAACUCUACGCAGGAAGCAACAGAGCUGGAAAAACCUGAAGUGAAAACACGACCACAGAGGAAACUCCAGGGAGGCUAUGAGUGCAAAUACUGUCCCUUUUCCACACAAAAUCUCAACGAGUUCAAAGAUCAUGUCGAUUCCAACCACCCCAAUGUUAUACUCAACCCACUGUACUUGUGUGCGGUAUGUAACUUCAACACAAAAAAGUUUGAUUCUUUGACGGAACACAAUGAGAAGUGCCAUCCUGGGGAGAGCAACUUCAAGUUCAAGAGAAUCAAACUCAACAGUCAGACUAUUCUAGAACAGACAAUCGAAGGUUCGAACUGUGCCGUCAUCUAUGAUACCACCAGCCCUCAGUCAGGAGAGGACUUUACAGCUUUUCCUCUGAGCAAAUCCAGUACUGUUAAGGUGGGUAAGCCCAAAACAGAUAGUUUACGGUUGCAGGACGACAGUCCGCUGGACAAACUGGCUCAAGAUCUACCGAAAAAGCAAAUUACUGCGGUGAAUGUGAACGGGACUGUGAUAAUCCCAGAUGCAACUCUUAAGGAUGGCCUCUCUCAUAUAAUGCCAUCCUUGCAACGCCCGCCUAACUACAACUUAGUACCAAAAAUCGCCGUCCCCUUGAACACUUCAAAAUACAACCCCUCGCUAGAUGGCAACUUGACCCUCAUCACCUCCUUCAACAAGUUUCCGUACCCUACCCAAGCUGAGCUCUCUUGGCUCACUGCAGCCUCCAAACACCCCGAAGAACAAAUCAAAGUGUGGUUCACUACCCAACGGCUAAAACAAGGUAUCAGCUGGUCCCCCGAGGAGGUUGAGGAAGCACGAAAGAAGAUGUUCAAUGGAACGAUUCAGCCUGUUCAACAGGCGUUCACUGUCUUACCUGCUCAGUUAACUCGGUCCACUAAAGCUUCACAGCCCCUUAUCCAGACCGUCCCUUGCCAUGUCCUUGGACAAUCUGGCCUGGUGUUGGCACCGGUUUCCAAUGGCUCAACUGCUACCGGUGCUCCUCUCGCACUAACAGUGACAAAUCAAAUAGCACAGGGUGUCAAGAGGGCCUACACAGCACCACUGGUUGCCCCAGAGAUAAAGAGGCCUUCAAUAAUUCAGUCCGUUCAGAGCACUCCCAAGUCUGUCUCUCCAACACCAAGCCUUUCUUCAGAUUGUGAGAAAACCCCUGAUCAGAUCAGAGAGCUGACCACCAGCUAUGCUCGGUGCCAGUUUCCUGAUGAUGAAGAAGUGUAUCGUCUCAUCGAGACGACUGGCCUCUCCUGGGGAGAGAUCAAAAAAUGGUUCAGCGAUCAGCGCCAUGGAAACCAUAAGGCAGUGCAACAGAUUAAAACAGACCUCUCUUCGAAGGACAGCCAACCGCAUAAGCCUGUCGCCACACAGUUUCCCCUGCUAGAGAGAGUUAAAGGCAAAUCAUCUGAGCAAAUGAAAAAGUUAGAGGAGAGUUUCCAAAGGACUAGCUUUCCAACCCAGGCUGAGAUAGAGCACCUUGUGGCGGACACCAGGCUCUCCAAAACUGAAAUUGAUUGCUGGUUUACGGAGCGCCGUGCACUACGAGACAACCUGGAGCAAGCUUUGCUCAACUCGAUGGGCUCAAAAAGGCUGGAGCAUCACCUUCAAAGGGGGCCACUGAAUGGAGUCCAUGAACAGGACAGCAGAGUCAGGGACUCACCUCUUCCCAUUCUCACAUCUUCAGAGUGUCCAGAGGCCAUUGAUGGCAAGUCUCUUUGCCUUCUUAAAGACAUGUUUGCACAAACACAGUGGCCCUCACCAGAGGAGUACAACCAACUAGAAAUCCAAACAGGGUUAGCUCGUACAGAAAUUGUCCGGUGGUUUAAGGACAACAGAUCUGCUCUGAAAAAUGGGACGUUAGGUUGGAUGGAGCAAUUUCAAAGUCUUAGCAACAAGAGACCGAAUGGACAAAACAGCUCGUUGAUCUCGGAGCAGGCUCAGAGUGUCCUACAAAGGCACUUUCAAGAGACAAAGGUACAAAAAGGGGAGGGUUUUGAGAAGCUUGCAGAGCAGUCAAAACUAACCAACCAGGACAUAGUCGAAUGGUUCACCAGUAAGCUGGGCCACAACAUGCCUGAUAUCAGCAAGAGCAAGGACCAACAUGGACAGGCGAGUGUAGAUGGUAAGAGGUGGGUUUCCUUGGCAGCUGACAUUGAAGGCAAAGAUUACGAUGCACAGAAAGUGGCACGAGACCUUGAAGUUCUGUCGGCAGAGCACAGAGUGACAGGAUGAAGUGAUAAAG